UCGCAUUCAAACUCAUUUAAGGCAAACAACUACCACUAGACAGUUAAGGUUGUCUUUAAAAGGACUGAUCUAAUGGCACCAGAAUUCAGCUUGCAAAUUAACAAUUUCUCGAGUUAGAAAGAGUACUACAGCUACCGCAGAGAGAUAGAUGAGUAAAAAAGAGAGAGAGAUGGCAAAGUGUUUUAUGAUUCUUGUACUGACUCUUGCAGUUAUUCACGGCAGCGGGGCUACUAGGAAUGUGCCUUCUGGCACUGGUCUUGGUGACCAAAAGAACUUCGUUGCAUUCGGUGGUGUUGGUGGCAUAGCCGGAGCUGGAUUUGGUGCUGGAGGUGGCGACGGUGCCCUUGGCGGCAUUGGGGGUGGAAUUGGCGGACUUGGCGGUUCCCCUGAUUUAGGCGGCUUUGGUGGCUUGGGUGGUGCCAUGGGAGGUCUUGGAGAUCUUGGCGGUACUGUUGGUGGUAUUGUGAGUGGCAUUGAUGGAGCUGUUGGUACUGGUGGAAGUGGUGAUUCUGCUGAUGGUGGUGCCGGCUCCUUGCUUCAUCCUUAAGUUCUGCAGAAAACAUUAUCUAUAUUUGCGAAUUCAGUAACUUUAUAUAUGUCUAGCAAUCGUCGUGUGAGGUUAUUGUCAUAAUAAUCAGUUUUUAUUUUACUGUUUUGAGAUUAAUCAAUAAGUGAAAACUAAAAUAAAAUAAAUCUUUGAAAUGUUUCUUCAUUUCUCAGUUUUAUGUUGUUUUAGGAGGAACUCACUGAAAAUUGUUGUGCUGCUGCAUGAACCAUGCAUGCAUGCAGGAGAUCACGAUGAAAAUGGCCUCUUAAAUAUUAAGAGUCAAUAUCAUUGGUAGGGUUAGGUUUAAUUACCUCCAAUUUUUCUUCCAGGCCUUGCGAA